AUGGCCACUCCACCGCUGGACCGCCGCCCAAUCAUCAUCUCCGGCCCAUCAGGCGUCGGCAAAGGCACGCUGUACAACCGUCUCUUCGCCCAACACCCAGACACAUUCUGCCUGUCCGUCUCGCACACCACUCGCACCCCACGGCCCGGCGAAGCCAACGGUGUGGACUACCACUACGUGUCUAUGGGCGACUUUGAAGAUCUCAUUGCCAAGGACGGGUUCGUGGAGCACGCCCAAUUUGGGGGCAAUCGCUAUGGAACGAGCAAGAUGACUAUUGAGGAUCAAACUAAGAAGGGAAAGGUUGUGUUGCUCGAUAUCGAAAUGGAGGGGGUUAAGCAGAUUAAGCAAUCCAGCAUCGCUGCUCGGUAUAUUUUUAUUGCUCCUCCGUCGCUCGAGACCCUGGAAGCGCGUCUCCGGGGCCGUGGCACCGAGAACGAGGCAAGUAUCCAGAAGAGACUGAACCAGGCGAACAAUGAACUUGAGUUUUCCAAGACUCCGGGUGUUCAUGACAAGAUCAUUAUCAAUGAUGAUCUCGACAAGGCUUACAAUGAGCUUGAGGAGUACAUCUACCAAUCCUCGGAUUAA